ACCCUUCUUUAAAAUCCCAUUUUGAUUUCACUGAAAUAAAUCCAUCAUCUCCCAAAUUCCCUUCUCCAUCCCCAAUGACGGACAGAGUCCACCCUAACGCCGCCGCCGCUGCCGCUGCCACUAACGGCGCUCCGGCGGCCAAGACCGCUCCAUUUCCAGCCACCAAGUCCCAACUCUACGGCGCUAGCCGCCCUGCUUACCGUCCUCAGCCAUACCACCGCCGACGCCGCAGCCGCAGUUGCUGCUGCUCUGUCUGCCUCUGGUUAUCCCUAAUUCUCAUCCUCCUAAUCUUCCUCCUCGCCGUUGCCUCCGCCGUCGUUUACCUAAUCUACCGCCCUCAGAGGCCGUCCUUCUCCGUCUCCGCCGUGAAACUCUCCCAUUUCAACAUCACUUCCUCUUCACUCCUCAAUUCGAAGUUCGAUCUCAACGUCUCCGCCAGAAACCCUAACAAAAAACUCGUGUUCACUUACAAUCCGGUCUCGAUUUCAAUCUUCUCCAACGAAAUCGAUGUCGGCGACGGAGUAAUUCCUGGAUUUGUGCACAAUACGAAGAACACCACUCUGUUGAAGACCUCGAUUAUCAGCAACCGCCAACAACUCGAUAGCUCGUCGGUGAGCACCUUGAAGAGUAGUAUGAAGAGCAAGAAAGGCUUGCCGUUACAAAUUCAACUCGAUACAAAGGUGAAAUUGAAGAUGGGAGCACUCAAGAGCCCUAAAAUCGGAAUCAGAGUUUCUUGCGACGGAAUCUCGGUAACCGUUCCCACCGGUAAAUCUCCGGCCACCGCCUCAACUUCAGGCGCAAAAUGUAAGGUCGAUCUUAGAGUGAAGAUCUGGAAAUGGACCAUCUAAAAACAGAAGAGAAGAAAAUUUGAAGAACACGAAGAACACAGAAGAAGAAGAAAAA